AUGCACACUAUUAAGACAGUGGAGACCCAGGUGCCCUUUCUGAAAGAGAGUUUCUUCACCAGCACUUUCAAAGGCAGGAGGAAGAGCAGCGUUACCAACCUCCUCUAUAAACAACAGCACUCACUGCUCAGUCAACAACACCAGCAACAACCGUGCAUUUUAAAGCAGCAGCAUCCGAAGCAUCAUAUCUCCCCUUUAUUAGAGAAUGAACCAGGGCAGCCCACUCCAGAGCAUAAGCGACUUGUUCGCUCGACCAGCAGCCCGUUAUGCAAGACAGCCGAGCGUGCACGAGCAGAUGGGGAUAGAAAGGAGGGGCAAAAAGAGAGGAAGGAUCAGAGAGUGAGAGAGGCUGCGCAGGGUAGGGGGGAAGAGAGAGGAGUGAGGGGUAGCGAGCCCGCGGCAGUCAGUGCCAGUCCCCUCCUCCUCCUCUCAUCAUCAGCAAGGCUGGGAGAGGCAGCGUCAUUCUCACAGCUGCCUUUAACUGUAGUGGGCAGACAACAGGGAUUAGGAAGCUCUGAUAGGGCUCUGACCAACAGAGGGCCAGCAUCAGUAGCAGCCCAGGAGGAAGAACAGCAUGCCCAGCAUCGACCCCAGCAGCAUGGCCUGUUAGCGAAGGGUGUCCGCCUGCUCAAGAACAUGGGCAACCAGGAGGCAAAGCAGAAGAAAGGAGGAAGUGGUGGAGCCGCAGGAGAUGUCUCCUGUGAAUGCGAUGCUGAUGAGAGGGAAGCGGACAAAAAAUCGAAAAAGUCCCACAGUAAGAUAAGUAAAGGAGGAGGAGGAGAACAGAGUGGUAGGAAGAAAUCAAAGUCGGAGUCAAAGGGUUCUGUGUUUUCCGGCAUGAAGAUCAGGAAGAGUUUAUCAAAGGCGAAAGGGUUGUCUAAGGAUGACAUGUUGGUAGAUGGGAGGUCGUUGCACUCGGGCAAAGCAGGGCCGAAGCCCGCUGCAGAGGCGAGCCUGUCAGCUGACGAGAUGGGCAUGCGAUCAGAUGUCGAGGGCGAUCUAUGCUGCUUGACUGCAGACAGUCAACAGUCUAUGGUGGAUGAAAUUGUCCGAAAGACAAGCUCUGGGUCAGAUGCUGACCUUUACAGUUUUCACUCAGCAACAGCUGAAAAUGAAGACCUGCUCGCUGACAUCCAGCAGACCAUAAGAAACCAAUGUGUGGCCAGUGACGGACUGGAAAUGGUGACUGGCUUCUUAUCCGAAGGGUCAACAUCUGAGGGGAACAAAGCCUCUGAGAAGGUAUGGUCUCACCAGCUAUUUAAUCUGGAUCAGGAGGUGUUCUCAUCCCCUGUUGGUGCUGCAUGUGUACCUCAAGAAGCAAGUGAAGGGUGUACCAAUUUAGAGAACGAAAGCUGUUCUUCUGGUCCAGGGUCCCAGAGUGAAAGUGGUCCAACAUCUUCAGCCCCGGACAGCAGUGGCAGCCUUCUCCCAAAGACUAACAGCUCGUACAGCUUUCCUGACACUACACCCACCAGCACCUCGUACGAGAGUGCUGAGGAAGACCAGGAUGGCCUUGAGAGUCCCAUUCUGCACACACAGCACCCUCAAGGUAAUCAGGCACCACAGACCAGAAACACAUGUGUGCCAACUGUCUGCUUGGACCCCGUAGUGGUCGAGGCGGGGCCGAUGGGGUGUCGCAAGAGUGCGAGCAGCAUGGACCUGUCUCUGGAGAGGGAAGAGGAAACUGGGAGACGGGACUUCCUGUCCCUAAAUAGGAGGAAGAGUAGUUUGUCUAUUAGUCAGCUAACAGACAACCCCCCCGUUUCUCAGCCAAGACGGACGUCCUCCACCACCUCACCCUCAACUGUCAAACUCUACCCUCCAGUCCACCCCUCCUAUGUUAAGACAACCACCAGGCAGCUCACUUCUCCCAUUAGCUCCCCCAUUACCAGCCCCAACGUGCCCAGAAAAACAAAUGUCGUUGCUUCAAUCGAAUCCAGCAAGGGGUUUAGGAGGCACAAGCAGCGGUCUUGCUCCAUUGCUGGACCCCUCGGUGAGUCUGCAGACUGGCUCACAGAGCUGGAUAAGCUAAGAGGGAGGCAGGGGGGCAGGGCCAAAUUUCCAGAGCAGGAGACUCAAGAGAAGAGUCCCACAGGUGGGACGUACUGGACACUGGGCUCGAGGAGAGCGUACUAUGGACGGCAGACGUCCACCACCACAGCACCCUACCUGGAUGUCUUUUCUGGUCGCACUCUGUUGGACUGGCUGUGUCUGCGUGGUGGAGAUGGGUCUGCAGAGGAGGAGGCGAAGGAACUGUGUCACCGAAUGUUGGUCCAGGGUCUGCUGCACCCCUUCAGCGACGGCACGGCCGAGCUCCACAGGGACAGCACUGCCUCAGCAGUCUUUAAUGAGGAGCAGCUGUACACCUGGGCUUCUGUUGGCCUGCCAGUGUCUUCGCACCUGUGGGAACUGUAUGGGGGGCGAACCACAGGCAGAGAACACGGCUUCACAUCACCUUUGCAUCAUUCAUCAGCCAAGACAUCGGGAGCUCUCCGCUCUCAGACAGAAUCUAGCAGGUUGAAGUCAGGUCAGUCAUCCUCAGAGGAUGAAAGCGGCCCCAUCCCUCAGCUGGAGAGGACUGUAGAUGACCUGCGGAUUAAGAUUGCUGUGUUGCAGGGCCAGCAGGCCUCCUUGGCAAAGGGCAGCGGUGAUAAUAUGGGAGCUCUGGGCGAUGGCCACCACAAGGCCUCACAGAUGAGAGGAGGAAGCCUGGGAAAGAUGAGCCAGGAGGCGUCUGUCCAGACCUCACCUGUGGAGGAGGGGUUUAAGUUUGACGUGCCUUUCAUCGGAGGAUCAGGCAGCGUGUCAUCUUCCAUUUCAUCCUCCAUCCCCAAAUCUACACAGAGCUUUGUCUGCACGUGCCAACAGAGGCAACAGAGCAGCGCCCAUCAAGCUCCCCCACCUCCUCCACCACCACCACCUUUAACAGGGUAUGGUGCUCCUCCUCCUCCUCCUCCUCCACCACCUCCUCCGCCUUUACCCGGGUUUGGACCUUGUCCCCCACCGCCUCCCCCUCCUCCACCACCACCACCAGGUUUUGGACCUCCACCACCUCCUCCUACGCCCGGUUUCGGACCCCCUCCGCCGGGUAUGGGCCCACCUCCACCACCCCCUCCGCCUGGAAUGGGCCCCCCUCCUCCACCCCCAGGCUUUGGGCCUCCACCACCACCAGGCCCCAUGCCCUCCAUGAUGUACCAGGAAGCUGCCCCUGCCAAGGCUGCGAUAGAGCCCCCCAAGCCAAUGAAGCCCCUCUACUGGACACGGAUACAGCUGAAUGCUAAGAAACCCAUUGGCUCACUGGUGUGGGAGACAAUCGACGAACCGAGUGUGGACUUUAAAGAAUUUGUGGAACUUUUCUCCAAAAGUUCUGUGAAGGAGAAGAAAAAGCCAAUUUCAGACACCAUCAGCAAGUCCAAGGCUAAGCAGGUGAUGAAGCUCUUGAACAACAAGCGGUCACAGGCUGUGGGUAUUCUGAUGUCCAGCAUUCAUCUUGAUAUGAAGGACAUCCAGAACUCCGUCCUAAACAUGGACAACACUGUCGUUGAUCUGGAGACUCUACAAGCUCUUUAUGAGAAUAGAGCCCAAAACGAUGAGAUGGAUGGCAUUAAAAAGCAUAUUAAAUCAUCCAAAGACAAGGAGGAUGCCAAGCCACUGGACAAGCCCGAACAGUUUCUAUUCCAGUUAUCCCAAAUCCCCAACUUCUCUGAACGAGUGUUCUGCAUCCUGUUCCAGUCAACUUUCCAUGAAUGUAUCACCUCGAUCGUCCGCAAAAUAGAAAUCCUUCAGAGAGUGUGCAAGACUCUCCAGAGUGGUAAGUGUGUACUGCAGGUGCUUGGCCUGGUGCUGGCUUUUGGCAACUUCAUGAACGGAGGUAAUCGUUCUCGGGGGCAGGCCGACGGUUUCUCCUUGGAUAUUCUGCCAAAACUGAAGGACGUCAAGAGCAGUGAUAACUCCAAGAGUCUUUUGUCCUACAUUGUUGCUUACUAUCUAAGGCACUUUGAUGAGGAUGCUGGCAGAGAGACGUGUGUCUACUCUCUGCCCGAGCCCCAGGACCUUUUCCAGGCCUCCCAGAUGAAGUUUGAGGACUUUGAAAGAGAUCUGCGCAAGCUGAAGAAAGACCUCAAUGCAUGCUCAGCUCAGACGGAGAAAGUUAGCAAAUUUUCCUCUGAAGAGAACCUGCAACCCUUUGCGGGCAAGAUGGAGGAAUUUCUUAGCCAAGCCACAACUGAACUGGAGACGCAAGAGAACCAGCUGGCUGACACACUGAAGAUCUUCUUGGAGUUAAGUGUGUCCUUCUCGGUGAAACCCAAGGCAGGAGAGAAAGAGGUCUCUCCCAACACGUUCUUCUCCAUUUGGCACGAGUUUUCCACUGAUUUCAAAGACCAGUGGAAGAAGCAGAAUAAGCUGAUGUUACUGGAACGAGUCAAAAUGGCUGAAGAGUGCUUCAAACAGGCCAAAGAGAAGGCGUCCUACAAUGUGAAACCCAAACAUGCAACUGGAAUGAAAGCAAAACUGGGUCAGAAGAUCUGAAGCAGAGAAUGGAAAGUUAUCAUCGCCCAGCCUAUUGCACAAGCACUGCCAGUACAAUCCGACCUGACUCAUCGGUCAUUUUGUUUUCAAUUGAUUUAGACCUGUUUGUUGUGAGUUGGUUCAAAGUGGAUAUUAUAUUGUUUAAAAGUGGAAUGAACCCUUUCAUAACACUUGCAUAAUUAAAUUAUACAUUGCCACCAAAAUACAUAC